UGAAUUAGAGACCACUUUUUCACACGUCUCUCUGCCUCCCUCAAUUCUCUCUCCCUCCUUCCUCUCCUCCCCAUCGCAGUGCUUCGCCGGACUUCUGCCACCGCUCAACCAGACUUCUGACUCUGUUCCUCCGCUCUACUCCUUCCUCCACGGUUAUAGUGUAAGGGACGAGAGAGAGAGAAGAAGAAUGAAUAAGGGGGGAGGUGCAGCGUCAGGUGGCGGAUUGGGAGGUGGGGGAAGUGGGCCCACUGCGGCUGCGGCGGCAGCAGCAGCUCAGAAGCAGAAGGCAUUGCUGCAGAGAGUGGAGACGGACAUCGCCAACAUCGUCGACAAUUUCAGCUCCCUCGUCAACGUCUCCAGGGUGAACGAUCCUCCUGUUAGAAACUCUCAAGAAGCUUUCAUGAUGGAGAUGCGUGCAGCUAGAAUGGUUCAGGCAGCUGAUUCUCUGCUCAAGUUGGUGUCAGAACUCAAGCAGACGGCAAUCUUUUCGGGAUUUGCCUCCCUUAAUGACCAUGUAGAGCAAAGAAUAGUGGAGUUCAACCAGCAGGCUGAGAAGACCGACCAGAUGUUGGCUAGAAUCGGAGAGGAGGCAGCUGCUAGCCUCAAGGAGCUUGAAUCCCAUUACUAUUCUUCUGCACUGAGGACUAGUGAAAACUUGCAGCCAUGAACUUGACAGUAAUUUAAACUAGACAUUAGUUUGGUGAUUGUUUCUUGAAUCAUGUAUACACAGGCAGAAACAAUGUACUUGUACGAUGCAAACAGAUUUUCAUUCAUCAAAUAUUUUUUAUUCACCCUGAAUUGAAUUGAAUGAAUUCUAUCGUCA